ACAUGGAGGAGAAAGCUGGUUAUUCACAGCUGCCAAGGUUCAGCUGGCUUGUCACCGGACACGGGCUUCAUCUCCCCGAUAUACUGUUCGACUUUAGUGGGCAGGGCCUGAAGAAUGGAGCCAAGCCAGGAAAGGGAAAUUAAUAUCCCUUAUGUUCUCUGAAGAAAGAUGACACCACGUUUGAUGAGAUAUGUGUCACAAAGAUGUCUACCCGGAACUGCCAGGGAAUGGAUUCGGUGAUCAAGCACCUGGACACAAUUCCUGAAGAUAAAAAAGUCAGGGUUCAGCGGACACAGAGCACUUUUGACCCCUUUGAGAAACCAGCCAAUCAAGUCAAAAGGGUCCAUUCUGAGAACAAUGCUUGCAUUAACUUUAAAUCCUCCUCUGCUGGCAAAGAGUCACCUAAAGUUAGGCGGCACUCCAGCCCCAGCUCGCCAACAAGUCCUAAAUUUGGAAAAGCUGACUCGUAUGAAAAACUGGAAAAACUAGGGGAAGGAUCUUAUGCCACAGUCUACAAGGGGAAAAGCAAGGUGAACGGGAAGCUCGUGGCUCUAAAGGUGAUCAGGCUGCAGGAGGAAGAGGGCACACCUUUCACGGCCAUCAGGGAAGCUUCCCUGCUGAAAGGGUUAAAGCAUGCGAACAUCGUGCUGCUUCAUGACAUCAUCCACACUAAGGAAACUCUGACGCUUGUCUUCGAAUAUGUGCACACUGAUUUAUGUCAGUACAUGGACAAGCACCCUGGAGGACUCCAUCCAGACAAUGUGAAGUUGUUUUUAUUUCAGUUGCUGCGAGGGCUGUCUUACAUCCACCAGCGUUAUAUUUUGCACAGAGACCUGAAACCGCAGAACCUUCUCAUCAGUGACACGGGGGAGCUGAAGCUGGCAGAUUUCGGUCUGGCAAGAGCAAAAUCCGUUCCUAGCCACACGUACUCCAAUGAAGUUGUUACCUUGUGGUACAGACCUCCAGAUGUUCUCCUGGGCUCUACAGAAUAUUCCACCUGCCUUGACAUGUGGGGAGUUGGCUGUAUCUUCGUUGAGAUGACCCAAGGGGUUGCUGCAUUUCCAGGAAUGAAAGACAUUCAGGAUCAACUGGAACGGAUAUUUCUGGUUCUUGGAACACCAAAUGAGGACACGUGGCCUGGAGUUCAUUCUUUACCACAUUUCAAGCCAGAACGCUUUACCGUGUACAGCUCUAAAAGCCUUAGACAAGCAUGGAAUAAGCUCAGCUAUGUAAAUCAUGCUGAAGAUCUGGCCUCCAAGCUUCUACAGUGUUCUCCAAAGAACAGGCUAUCAGCACAGGCCGCCCUGAGCCAUGAGUAUUUCAGCGAUCUGCCCCCGCGGCUAUGGGAGCUGACGGACAUGUCUUCUAUUUUUACCGUCCCAAAUGUGAGAUUGCAACCUGAAUCUGGAGAGAGCAUGAGGGCCUUUGGAAAAAACAAUAGUUAUGGGAAAAGCCUAUCGAACAGCAAACACUGACCAGCCCAGCGUCCUCAGGAGAGCACAGGAUUAAGUUGUCAUCAUUCUGGGAAGACAAAGAAGAAGAAAUAAAAAUAAAUAAAUAAAUAAAAACCACUAACGAAGUGGCCAUCAGUGUGAGGGGUCCCUGGAUUGGUUCUCUUCUGCUCCCUGCAGUGGAUUUUACUGACAUGAAAAUUGAAGCUGGAAAGACCCUGUUUCCUCUGCAAUUUAUUUAAAACCUUUGCACGCAUUUGGAUACCUUGUGAUUUCCAAGAACUAUGUGAAGAUUAAGCUUUGCUUACUGCUACGUGGCAUGUAUUCUUUUUUUGAUCUUUUGUGUCUGGUUCUGUUUGAUUUCCCCGUGCUGCACAGCGUCUCUGUGAAGGGUUUUUCUGCUUUCGGCAGCCUUGUCUUAAAUACAUUAAGACAACAUAUUUGGUGUUCACACUCCCUCAGUCAUGUCUGCACUUGAAAGCCACACGGUGGCAGGAAACAAUGUGUGUUUUCCCUAAGAGCAGAGUACGUUCUGCAACCACCAGGAAGGACGUUCUUUUUGCUAAAACAAACUCCAUGCUUUCUGACAGACUAGACGGCAUGGUCCCAGGCAGAGGGGCCCUACCUGUUGCCUGCCUUGGAGGGCUUUUGGAAAUGUGAGGUUUAGUUUUGUUGUUUUCUUCUUUUUUUAUUGGAAAUGAGCACACAUUUACACAGGAGACCAAAAUCCACUAGCAUUUUCAGUGGUAUGACUGUUUCUGAGCAGCCAUAGUUAGAGAAACAAGCACCGAAAACAAAGACAGGGUGAAUGAAGGUCGACAAUGACAUCAUCAUUUUAUGAAGCCUGUAGAAAGCAAGGUAACUUUCUACACGUGUUCUGGGUCUUGUAAACAUCUUACUUUUUUUCCGUCAACUGUAUUUUUAAACUGGAGAAAAUAGUAGCGAAUGUCAUUCUUACAACUUGGGUGCAAAGGAAAAAAAUAUCUGUCAGGGUAGGUCCUGAAAGCAGCCUUGGCUGAUUAAAGCUUAAAAUUUAAAUUUAAAAAUUAUCCAGAGUUAAAAAUGUGCUUACUUACGACAAAGGACCUUUGAGUUAAAUGGUUCAGAGUCAUUCCAAGCCGUUCGGAAAGCAUCGCUGGGUUCCAGACCUUAAACCAGUCUUCAAUAACAAGCGUUCAAAAGGCAGAUCUUGAAAGCAGUGCAGGAAUUUUGCUUUAAGAAUAAAAAUGGUAAAGAAAGGCCCUUGUUUUAAGGACCUUUGGGACCUUGCAAGGUGCAGGCAAGUCUGUGCCACUGGAAGAGAGGGCUGCUCUAGCAUAUACUGAACCUUGAUCUAGGGCAGCUGCCCAGUCCACGGGCAGCCUCACUGCAGAACCCUGGGAAGGCUGGGUCGAGGGGCAGUUAGGAAGCAUCAGGUGAGAUAUGCCCUUUGCUCCUCCUGACGUAAAUCCCUGGAAACGCAACAACGCAUCCGUGUACAGCGAACCAUGUUUUACUCCUCCUGAGAAAGAGGGCACGCUACAAGCCUGAAAUGUGGCACACAAUUUUAAGAUCAAGACUAGAAAUCACACGCCAGUUUCACCAGGGUUCUCUGAUUCUCCAAGGAGGGACAGGCUUCCUUAGAGUCAAACCCAGUGUAUCCUGGGAGGUAGAUCCAGGUUCCUAAACUUUCAAAGGCAUUGUGUCUGAGUAAGAGGCAUGACCCAUCCCCCCAGCCUCUCCCAGGCUCAGUCCCUGCAAUCUCACACAACCCUAAGCAAGGAACUGCUUACAAAACGGUUUGGAAGAAGGCAAAGGACACCCAAGGUGACUUCACUACCCAGGAAUCCAGGAAUCGUGUUCAUUCCUCUUUUGUGCAUUCCUUCCAUGGGAUGUCUUCGCGGGUAUUUUGAUUUAAAGUAUAAUUAAAUUGGGGAGUGCUUUAAGUGGGGAGAAAACUGUGUGUGUAAUUAAGGACAGUCCCCACUGUGGUUUACUUAGAAGCCACCUCCAUUCCUAGGUGAGGGGGAGAUUAUGUUUGUAUUUCACUAAGUCAGGCGCUCUAUACUAAUGCUGAAGGGUUUCAAUAAGAACAUAAAGGUAACUAGAGUUCCGUGCCCUUGUCUAGACAGCUUCUCCUGGGAAGAAAGACAACAUCACUGCUCAGUGUGGGGUCUGCUGCAGGACAGGCACACCUCUCGGGUUUAAAGGGUUUCAGUUUCCUGUCCUUGUCAUCAAGGAAGGAAAUCCAAAGUGUCUGCUCCCCCUCCUCCUCCACCCAACACAGUCACAGUCCCCUUCCCCGCUUGCUUUCCUGGCCUCUCCAAGGGCGUCAUGAAAAUCAGUACAGACUUUGUUCAUUAACGUGUCAUUAUACUGUUAAGAGAGCACUGGAAUGUUUGGUGAGAUUAUUUUUCUAUGAAGGAAUAGCUUGAGUUUGGACAGCUGCUAAGAAAAGCACCAACACUUUGGCAUGACAGUUAUAUCAAAGCAACCUCACUGCACACAGUAUUUGGAAAGGAAGUAUGGGACUUAGUUUCCAUCUUCUUUUAAGGGGAACCAUUUAAUUAAUUAAGAAAUACAACUUACAUAGGACAGGAAAAUGUGUUUGCUGUAAAAUUAGAGGUAUAAGGCGGGAGCAGCUAUCUGCCCACCACGCCAGGAUGAGAAUCUGAGUGACUAAAAGUUUCCAAGAGAGUCUGUGGAAUUGUAGGGACACCAGGGGCUCUUGGCACCCUCUCCUCAGUGUGUGUGACAGCCACUGUAAUCAGUACUCUAUGUAUGCGUCCAUAGCAGACACUCAUCUGUGAAUAUUGCUAGGUUUGUAAUCUUUUGUUAUAUAAGAGGAUGUUUAGGCUGUACAUACUGGGGUAGAUCAUUGCCUGCCCCUAUAUAUAGAAAUAUGCUGCAUAAUUGUGCAUAACUUCCUUCUCCGUUGCUGGCUUAUAGACAGAGGAAAUCGAAUGUUAGUCUUCAGUUUCCUCGUAUACCAAACUGAAAACUUUUAAAUCUCAAAUGAAGUAAGCAAGUUCCUGUUCUCACUGCCCCCCCCCUUCACAGCAGCAUAUAUUAGAGGCACAUUUAAAAAAAAUCUUUGUAAGUGGACUUUCAGAUUUUUCUUGUUUCUUUUCAUCCCCCCUGCCCCCACUGGUUUAUAUAAUGCACUGAGAUGUGUACUUUUUAUUGGGGUUAGUACCUCAGAGACUCAUUGUGCUUCCACACAACACAUAGCAAGGAGAAUGGGAUACUACAUGUUGCAUACGUGUUGCCAAUUGUAAUUUGUCUGUAUUAUGAAGGAUGUAAUGGUUUGUCAGCUGUCCCUGUUGUUUUCUGUAACAUGAUAUGGAAUAAAGUAUAGCCAAAUCUGCAGAUA